AACCCCGGCAAGGGCUGCUAAUCUCGAGUGGAGGGAGGCGCGGAGCUGCACUGGGAGUCCUGACACUACCGCUAGUAUUAUCAAAGCGAGAGAGGCAGCCGAGCGCAGUACAGAUAACACACAGUGCAGUUUACACGCUACAUAUUCAACACUGCAGCAACUCGCAUUAAAAUAUAUACAUAUAGCAUCAAUAGCAGCGAUCGCGAUACGCCAUGUCGGCUAGUCCGGGAGACGGGAAGUUGGAUCUGAAACAGGCCAGCAAACAUGUGAAAGAGAGCGAGAAUGUGGCCGAGAAAUUCUCAGCAAUGACCGUGACCAAAAACAGCGAAAUGGGCAUCGGGGACAUUGCCGGCGUCCCGGCCGCUUUCACCCCAGUCGCCGGUCACAAACCUGUCAAGAAGCAGAUCCAGUUUGCGGAUGACAAACAGGAGUUCAGCCGCUUCCCCACCAAGACCGGCCGGCGCUCUCUUUCACGCUCCAUCUCGCAGUCCUCCACGGACAGCCAGGGCUCAGCUGCGUCCUACACAGACAGCUCCGAUGACGAGACUUCGCCCAGAGACAAGACUCAGGUCAACUCCAAAGGCAACAGCGACUUCUGUGUGAAGAGCAUCAAGCAGGCAGAGUUCGGCCGGAGAGAGAUUGAAAUUGCAGAGCAAGAUAUGUCAUCCCUCAUUUCCCUCAGAAAGAGAGCGCAGGGAGAGAAGCCGCUGGCUGGAGCCAAGAUUGUGGGCUGCACUCACAUCACUGCCCAGACUGCGGUUCUGAUUGAAACCUUGGUGGCGCUGGGCGCUCAGUGCCGCUGGACUGCGUGCAACAUCUACUCCACACAGAACGAAGUGGCAGCCGCGCUGUCCGAGGCUGGAGUCGCAGUGUUUGCCUGGAAGGGGGAGUCGGAGGAUGAUUUCUGGUGGUGUAUUGAUCGCUGUGUCAACAUGGAGGGCUGGCAGCCCAACAUGAUCCUGGAUGAUGGAGGAGAUCUGACUCACUGGGUUUAUAAGAAGUACCCCAAUGUCUUUAAGAAGAUCAGAGGGAUUGUGGAGGAGAGUGUUACCGGAGUCCACAGACUCUACCAGUUGUCCAAAGCUGGAAAGCUUUGUGUUCCCGCGAUGAAUGUGAACGACUCCGUCACCAAACAGAAGUUUGACAACCUCUACUGCUGCAGGGAGUCCAUUCUGGACGGUUUGAAGAGGACCACAGAUGUUAUGUUUGGCGGAAAGCAGGUGGUCAUUUGCGGAUACGGAGAGGUUGGGAAGGGCUGUUGUGCUGCUCUGAAAGCUCUGGGCUCCAUUGUGUGCGUUACAGAGAUCGACCCCAUCUGUGCUCUGCAGGCCUGCAUGGACGGGUUCCGAGUUGUAAAACUGAACGAAGUUAUCCGUCAAGUGGACGUUGUCAUCACCUGUACAGGAAAUAAAAACGUGGUCACGAGGGAGCAGCUGGAUCGCAUGAAGAACGGCUGCAUCGUGUGUAACAUGGGCCACUCCAACACGGAGAUCGAUGUGGCCAGUCUUCGCACCCCAGAGCUGACCUGGGAAAGGGUGCGGUCACAAGUGGAUCAUGUGAUCUGGCCAGAUGGCAAGAGAGUCGUCCUGCUGGCGGAGGGACGUCUCCUGAACCUGAGCUGCUCCACAGUCCCUACCUUUGUUCUGUCCAUCACAGCCACCACGCAGGCUCUUGCCCUGAUAGAGCUCUACAAUGCCCCAGAGGGGCGUUACAAACAGGAUGUCUACCUGCUGCCUAAAAAGAUGGACGAGUAUGUCGCCAGCUUGCAUCUGCCCACCUUUGAUGCCCAUCUCACAGAGCUGUCAGAUGAACAGGCCAAAUACCUGGGACUCAAUAAGAACGGACCUUUCAAACCAAACUACUACAGAUAUUAAUGUUUGAAGCGCUGGAUAAUCCCAUGAAAGGACCACGAUGCCUGCAACAAACCUCGAUGUUUAGCGAGCCAGAGGAAAAGCCCACUUUAUUUUCUGUGUGCGAUACAUUCCCUGCAUGUUUCAUUUAUUUCCAUUGCCAGUCUGUAAUUAAACCCAGCGAGGUAGUCACCUUCAGAGUUUCAUAGUGCUGUACAGCUGGGGCCAAAACAUUUGCAACACCUAGAAUUGUAGGAUUGAGACAUCAUUUUUAACAACUUUUAUGAACAUAAUUUAGAUCUUUUCUUUAACAUCAAAGAAACUACAUCGCAAAAAAUUAGUCUACCAGAAGCCCUAGUUGUGGUGCAGUAGUAUUUCAUGUUAGAUUUCAAACUGUCGCUGUGUUUUUUUAUUUGUCAGUAUUUUUGUUAAAUGAUAAACUACACAGCGGUGUGUGAUUCGGUAUGUUAAGAUAACAUUAUUCAGCAGGGUUCAUUUGACUUUAUGCAGUAAAAUGAGUUUGUUUUGGGGGGGGGGGGGUGCAAAACCUUUGGCCUGAGCUGUAGAAAACAGAACGCGAGCCAAUACUGUCCAGACUGACCUGAACAGCAGAUUAUAUUUAGAGAGCCAACCCUCGCAUCUCAAAGCAGUUACAUGUGUGUCCAAACAAACAAACAAAAAUUUGUUUCUUUCAUUUUAAAAGUGUUGCCAUUUGAAUCAUUUGCGUUCAUUUGUAAAAGCAUUAUUUGACAAUCGAAAUCGCUGCUUUUGUUCUGAAACUUGAAAUGGUACCUAUAGAGAGAGAGAAGUCUUGCGGCAGCGAUUCUGUCCACUUUGAAUUGUGAACGUGUUCCCCAAAAACGGACUGUUGAAACCGAGAGGUUUUGAUGAUUUCCUGUGCAAGGGUACAGUGUCUGCGUUUAAGUACUGUAACUGUUCUGAAGUGGCUUAAACUCCAGAGGUCUGAUUGAUUAACAAGCAUGCAUCUCUCGUUUGUCUGUCGUCUUCUGUUGAGUCGCUUUCUUCCUUUCACCUUUGUAUGGAACAGCUUCCUGAAAGCCACCUGAUAAUAGACUGCAGCUCCUGAUAAAAGCCGUCAGAGUUACAAUCUGGAACAAGCAGCCUGUCACCCAAACUCAUUUUUCAUCAGUGAUGUGUCGCUGUCCUUUUCAUAUAGUGCAGUAUAUUGCAAACAGUGAUGUUUUAUGGAGUAUGUGAAUAUAUAUAUAUAUUUUAAAUAAGUCCUCUGUACCUCAAUGUUUUCAGUCACUGUGAUGUCCUUUUCAUUUCCGAUGUUUUAGUUGUUGUCAGCUUUUUUUUUUUUUCAUGGGGUGAUCUCCAAUAAUAACUGUUAUUACACAAAAGCUGUUUAAUUCCCUGCUGCAGCGCGCUUGUCUCUGCUGGAGUGUCUCACUCUGCCUUUUGCAUGGUCAUUUAUAAGAUAAUAAUGCUGUGGUGUUGGUAUGUAUAUAGAAGGCAGGGCGGGUCACAGAUCUGUCUAAUCACAGAGCCAGGAGGGGCGCUUAGAAGAGAAAGUCUCCCUCUGCACCUGGGCUUGGCAGUGAAGGACAGCACUUCCACUAGACUGCAGCACAGGGAGCAGCACCAGUCUGUCAGGACCCCUGCGUUGAUAGAGAUCCAGGCUGCUCUCACACUCACUCACUGCUAGUGUUUUAAAAUGUGGUGUAUAGAGACUGUAUGGAUUUUGCUGACACACUGUGUGCGCCUGCUUUUAGUGGAGUUGUCAAUGCCGUUUUUAAUUUACAUCACAGCCUGAUACCCUUUCUAAUUAUUCUUAUUCCUCGAUCAGCCGUGUCACGGUUUGGUUAGUUCAUGUCUUCUAAGGCUUUCCUACAAUCUGAACUGGAUGUAUUUCAUAGUUUAAAAGCGAGUGCAGAGCAGGACAUCUGGGCAGGAGGAACGAUCAGUUUAAAUGGCAAAGAGAAGAACAUCUUUUUUUCUCUUUGAUGAUUUCUUGCGCUGCACAGUUUUUGGGUGAAGUUACCGGUCCAGUGCAGAGCUGUACUGUCAUUCCAGCGUGUCUUUGUCUAGCUAUCAUUUCAUUUCAACCUGUCCAAGAGCUGCCAGGUCUCAUGAUUUCAGCAUCUUCUCCUGGAAACGCCUAUCCUAAACCAUGCCACACCCUUCUCUGAUUAGAUUCCCUUCUCUGAUUUUUAUUUCUUUUUCUUUGAUGACAGUGACAGAAUAUCGCCUUAUUUAACAACUCAGCACUGUGAUUUGACAUGGGCUUGACUUGUGUCACUGCUUGAUCUAUCUCAGAA